GAGUUGAGUGCUGAGUCAGCCCAAUCUAUUUGAGUCCAUUGUGGCGUCUAUUGUGGCGCCCCUUCUUGCUGGUCCGGCAGGUUAAUGGACUCCCUCUUAAAGGACACUUGACUUCCAUCAUGAUACUGGCUGAGUAUCAAUAAGAAUCCCAGCCAAAUCCGCAUUGCUCCUGGAAAAUUCCUCAAUGCGGUGUCUUCCUAUUCCAUAUUUUGUUGCUUCCACUUAAAGAUUGUAAUAAUUCUACCCCUCUCUCUUCUCCCAGCUGAUCUGAUAUCGCCGAGAAUCGUCUUUCUGCUGCCUGCACUGGGUGCAAUACCUUUGCUCAACCCCCUAGCCAUCCGAUCUAUUCAUCUGUCGAGGUGACAUAUCGGGAUAUAUUCCACCUCGCGGGUUCUCUCGACUUCGACACAUAUCAACACCGAUGCAUCCUAAACGGAUAUGAUUCCUCGGAUAUUCCUGGCGCUCUCCCUUUGGGUGACGGCCGUCCCUUCCAUUGCCUCAGCGCAUCAGGUACGCAAUACGCGGGACCAUGAACAAAACGAUUAUUAUGCCGUCCAUCUGGAUGGCUCAACAUCGCCCCGAGAUUUCGCGUCACACUUGAACCUGCGCUAUGAGGGGGAGGUUGGCGCCUUGGAUGGACACCACGUUUUCAGUGCGCCACGGCACAUUGCGGACGUGGUCGAUGAUGCGGUCGAAGAAUUAAAGUGGAGGAGGAGGAAGCGGGAAGUGGAUACGGAACGACAUAUCUUGGACGGAGUGCUAUUAAACCAGAAACAAGCGCUGCGCCAACGGCUAUUCAAGAGAUCAGCGCUCCCCGUCGUGGAAAGCCCAUCGAAGCGUGUGAUCGUGGACUACGCAGGCAGCCUCGGGAUUAAGGAUCCCAUCUUCGGAGAUCAAUGGCAUCUACAUAACCCUAUCCAAGUGGGCAACGACCUCAAUGUGACCGGAGUCUGGAUGGAAGGCAUCACGGGCAAGAAUGCGACGGUGUGCAUUAUCGACGACGGGCUGGACCUGGAUUCGGACGACUUGAAAGACAAUUAUUUCGCGGCGGGCUCUUACGACUUUAACGACAAAAGCGACGAACCGAAACCGCGCCUUUCCGACGAUCGGCACGGGACCAGGUGUGCAGGCGAGGUGGCGGCGGUCCGGAACAAUGUCUGUGGUGUUGGCGUGGCCUACGAAUCGAGGGUGUCGGGGGUCCGCAUCCUCAGCAAGCCCAUUUCCGAUAUCGAUGAAGCGGAGUCGGUUACGUUUGGAUUUCAAGAUAAUGACAUUUAUUCAUGUUCAUGGGGUCCUCCGGAUGAUGGGAGGACAAUGGAAGGUCCGGGAAUCCUGAUCAGAAGGGCUUUUGUCACCGCCGUUCAAAAGGGCCGCCAAGGCAAGGGCACCAUAUAUGUCUUUGCCGCUGGCAACGGCGCCUCAAAUGGCGACAACUGCAACUUCGACGGCUAUACAAACAGUAUCUAUAGCAUCACCGUCGGAGCCAUCGAUAAGAUGAACCAACAUCCCUAUUACUCCGAACAAUGCAGCGCGCAGCUCGUCGUCACCUACAGCUCCGGCGCCGGAGAAGCCAUCCACACCACCGACGUCGGAAAAGACACCUGUACACGAGGUCACGGAGGCACAUCGGCCGCCGGCCCUCUCGCAGCGGGAGUGUACGCCCUCGUCCUCGAACAGCGACCCGACCUCACCUGGCGCGACAUGCAAUACCUCACCAUCCUCACCGCACAACCCUUCUACGACGGCAGCCAGCCGGAAGAAUGGCAAGACACCGCGCUCGGGCGCCGCUUCCACCACCAAUACGGCUACGGCCGCCUCGACGCCUACGCCAUCGUCGACCUCGCCAAGUCCUGGGAGGUCGUCAACCCGCAAGCUUGGUUCCACAGCCCAUGGAUCCACGUCCGCCACGGGCUCCCACAGGGCGACCAAGGCCUCGCGUCGUCCUUCGACGUCACCGAAGACAUGCUGAAGGACGCGAACUUCGAGCGCGUCGAGCACAUCACUGUCACCAUGAACGUCCCCCACCAACGCCGCGGCGACCUCUCCGUCGAGCUCCACUCCCCUACCGGCCUCGUCUCCUACCUCUCCGUCGACCGCCCCCGCGACGACGCCGCCGUUGGCUACGUCGACUGGACCUUCAUGAGCGUCGUACACUGGGGCGAAUCCGGCGUCGGCACCUGGACCAUCAUCGUGAAAGACCGCCACGUCAACGAGUUCGCCGGCACCUUCCAGGACUGGAAACUCCGACUCUGGGGCGAAUCUAUCGACGCCGACAAGCAGGGUCUCCUCCCGAUGCCCCUCCCGGGCGAUGACAGCGACCACGACGACGACCCAUCCACCGUCACCGCGUCCCCCGACACCACGUCUGUCGGCGGGUCGCCCGUCACCUCGGUCCCAGGGAACCCCACUGACCACAUCGACCGACCCAGCAAGCCCUCCUCCGCCGGCGCUCCUCCAAGCGACGCGCCCGAGGCGUCCGGCAUCAUCGGCGCGGACCCAUCCGCCAGCCCCAGCGCCGUGCCCGACAGUUCCUUCCUCCCCUCCCCCUUUCCCACCUUCGGCGUGUCCAAGAAAACGCAGAUCUGGAUCUACGCCGCGAUGGGGCUGAUCGUGGCGUUCGUGAUUGGGCUGUGCAUCGCGCUGGUGGUCAUCCGGUGGCGGAAGCGGCGGAAUCCACGGGAUGUGUAUGAGUUUGACGUGUUGCCGGAUGAGGAGGAGAGUGGGGAGCGGGAGGGGAUGAUUGCGCGGAGGGGGAAGGGGAGGAGGAGGAGGGCGGGGGAGCUGUAUGAUGCGUUUGCGGGGGAGAGUGAGGAGGAGUUGUUUAGUGAGGAGGAUGAGGAGCCGUACCAGGAUGAGAAGGUCGAGUUGAGCGACGCGGAGGAGGAUAGCAGCGAGGGGAGUGGGAGCAGGGCACGAGGGUGAGAUAUUCCGGUUGGUUAUUAGUUUCCUUGCUGUACUAGAUUACUUGGAGUCAAGGGCAUGCAUGCAUGUAGGUUAUGCAAGACAAUGCGUACCUGCGUCUCAGCGGCGCGGAAAGUUGUAUUUAUAUACGAUGUGGAAAUUUCACGCGUCUUCCCCGAUGAUUUUUAAACACCCCCCAACCAACCCUCUCCCUCUCUCAUCGAAAUCUCAUAAUAUCAAUCAAUCA